GAAAAGCAGGCUGUCGGCAAAUAAGGAACCUACUUGUUCCUCUAAAAAAUAAAAUAAUGUUUCAGAAACAUUCGCAGCCUGACAAGGUUAACAAAAUUUCGGUGUUACGUAAAAUGAUAGGCCUUCAAAAAAAGCGACCAACCGCCGGAGACUACGUAGUGCCCAAUAACUCUGCCCUGAAUUUGCAGCACAAGCCAGGUGUCUAUGAUCCCACGCCCAACGCCAUGGAGAAGUCCACCAAGUGUCGCUAUUGCGAGAACAUGGCCAAGAACUUCCUGUAUCUGGAGAGUCUGAUCCGGAACAACAAGGACAGCGACAAGAGCCCAAAGUGCAGUCUGUGCAACUCGUCGCUCAAGUAUCUGGAAUACGUGAACCGCAAUAUCCGUCAGGUUUUCGGCAACUUCGAUGCAAUCGUCCAGGCGGAUCGCGCUCUGGCCGCCAAACCGGCCAUGAUGCCAAAGUACUCGGUGGCCCCGCCCCCUGAAAAGGUUGAUCUGCGCUCCAAGGGCGGAGCCAUCGUCUCGCUCCAGAGGUCGGCCAAAAGCCUACGGUCCAAGACAACCUCUCUGAAGCCCAAGACCAAAGCGAAGGCGAAGGGCGUCAAGGGCCAGAAGUCACUGAAGUCGCUCAAAUCACACAAAUCGGCAAAGUCACUGAAAUCUACAAAAUCCACAAAGUCGGGUAAAUCCCUGAAGUCAGCUCUCAAGCACUCCAAGUCCCCAAAAGGUCUGGCCAAGUCGAAGAGCGUGGGUCCCAAGAGCCAGAUCAGCCACGGCAAGAUGAUAUUGAAGCGCAAGUUCCGGAACAAAGUGGCCGGCAAGUUGGCCGGCGCCAAAGUGGUGCGCAGUGUUAGCCAGUACCGCAGCCUGGGCUCCGCCCGCUCCAAACUCUCGAAGGGACCGAGCCACAAGAAGCUGGCCAAGCAGCGGUCCACCGGUCCGCCGACGAGCAUCAACUGGCAGCUGCUCAAGCGGAAUCUGCCCAGGCGACCCACUCCAGUGAAGUAGAGGCCACGACGGCCGGGGAUCAACAGAAUUGGUUUCACACAUAUUGCCCUGACUCAAAAAUUAUAUCGUUUGUGAAAAUUCUCCAAGUAAUCUUUUGCAUACAUAAAUUUAAACUUUUAUAAAAGAAAAA